ACUUGAAAUAAGCGCGCUCCUGCAUGCAUUUGUAGUUCUUUCUUACCAGUUAGCUACGUGCUUUCCGCGAGACAGUGGAAUGGAUGUCAUUCUUCAUAUGAAGAUGGUGAAAGAAUUGUUAAGUGUUUUUUGCACAUUUUGUCUUGUCACUAAAUUGGUCACUGCCGUCCAAGACGGCUCUAAUGGGAAAAAAGACCAGGAGUGUUACAACUACGCUGGCGGACACGUCUACCCCGGAGAGGCUUUCCGUGUGCCCGUCUCUGACCAUUCUUUGCAUCUCAGCAAAGCAAAAAUUUCAAAGCCUGCACCUUACUUUGAGGGAUCCGCUGUCAUCAAUGGUGAGUUUAAGGAGCUCAAACUGUCUGACUACAAAGGGAAAUACCUAGUGUUCUUCUUCUACCCCCUGGACUUUACAUUUGUCUGCCCCACUGAGAUCAUAGCGUUCAGUGAUCGUGUGCAUGAGUUCCGUGCCAUCAAUGCAGAGGUUGUAGCCUGUUCCGUUGACUCCCAGUUCACCCAUCUGGCAUGGAUCAACACACCCAGGAAGCAAGGUGGACUUGGGCCAAUGAAAAUCCCUCUGCUGUCCGAUCUGACACACCAGAUAUCAAAGGACUAUGGAGUCUUCCUGGAAGAUGCAGGACACACACUCAGGGGCUUGUUCAUUAUUGAUGACAAGGGUGUCCUGAGGCAGAUCACCAUGAAUGACCUCCCUGUGGGGCGCUCUGUGGACGAGACUCUGCGGCUGGUCCAAGCCUUCCAGUACACGGACAAACACGGGGAAGUGUGCCCAGCCGGAUGGAAGCCAGGCAGCGACACAAUAAUCCCAGACCCAUCAGGCAAACUCAAGUAUUUUGACAAACUGAACUGAGUGGAUCCUCUGGCCCUUUGAACAUUGUAAUUGAAGCUCAGAAUAAAGAGAGUUUUGAUAAUC